AUGCAUCACAAUUCUCAAUCUAUGAGCGCUGCUUAUAUCAGGAGCCCCGAGGACGAAAACAUGGCCCCUAUAGCUAGUACAAAACAUAGGACUGGGUCCCUGAGGCAUGUUCCAUCCACGCAUCCUAGGGUCGCACUUAGUGAUGUGACCAACAUAGUUGCGACGAACUCCAACAAUAAUAGCAUAAGUAGGACAAAGACCGUUCCGAUGAAGGAACGGUCCGACUCUGUCACGAGACUUGAGAAGCAGAGGCCUGCGGUAGAAGGUGCUACACAGCGGAGAGAAACAGAUCAUAAUGACAUGCUGACGGGGAAAGAACGAGAAGAGACCGUUGAUGAGGAUUACGAAGAGAGCGAAGACGAUGAGGGAGAAGAUCGAGAACCUUUGUUGUUGCAACAUUAUGCCAGCGAUAAAGCUGUCUGGGAACAUGCAUUUAAAACCUAUUAUAGAACUACAUUGGAUCCUAAUGAUGACGACGUGUACGAUGUGGUCAUGGUUGCUGAAUUGUCGAACGAAAUAUUUUUGUAUAUGAAGCAGCUGGAAGAAUCAUACAAACCCGAUCCGUACUAUAUGGAUAGACAGCCGGAAUUAAGGUGGUCGUUUCGAAGUACGCUGAUAGAUUGGAUUGUGCAAGUUCAUGAAAAAUUCCAACUUUUACCGGAAACAUUAUAUCUUUGCAUCAAUAUAAUAGACAGGUAUCUAUGCAAAGAGGUCGUUCCCGUCAAUAGGUUCCAGCUCGUAGGUGCUGCUUCGCUGUUUAUUGCUGCCAAGUAUGAAGAAAUCAACUGCCCCACAAUCAAAGAUUUCGUAUACAUGUCAGAAAAUUGCUACUCAAGAGAAGACUUGUUGGACGCAGAAAGAACCAUAUUGAAUGGCUUAGAAUUUGAACUGGGAUGGCCCGGUCCAAUGUCAUUUUUGCGAAGAAUCAGCAAAGCUGAUGACUACGAGCAUGAUACAAGAACGCUGGCUAAGUAUUUGUUGGAAUGCACGAUAAUGGACGACCGACUGAUCUCCGCGCAACCCAGUUGGUUGGCUGCGGGUGCUUAUUUUCUAAGUAAAGUGAUUUUGGGACAGAACCAAUGGUCCUUGGGGCAUGUUUACUAUUCCAACUACACCCAAGAGCAAGUUCUUCCACUCGCCACCAUUAUCUUAGAAAAUUGCAGGUAUGCAUCCAAACGUCAUAACGCCAUAUGGAGAAAAUAUUCUUCGCGUCGUUAUUUGCAUUCUUCACAGGUGGUAGCCAAAUGGAUAGCAUUAGCUGAACACAGAGUAGAUCGAUCUAACUAA